CGGGGACGGCGGAGGGAGCCGCGGAUCGGUCCAGCUCGGCGGUGGGGAGGAAAGGGAGAAGGCCGGAGCCGCGCGUGCGCAAAGGAGAAGCGAGGUGUAAAACCCGGAGUUUCCAGCCCAGAUGGCGUUGCCCACGAUCCCUUCCUUCUGGAGCAGCCGCAGCAGGGCCCUUGAGCAUCAGAUUGUGCGCCACCGGGAGCAGGAGGCCCGCUUUCGGAAGCAGUGGGAGCUCAACAGCCUCUAUUUUAAACAGUCUGGGGUCUACAGCUCAAAGCAGGCCCAGUGGAGCUCACGGCAGUCCUAUCAGCAAAGCAUGAAUGCCUAUCACCGCGAGAAGCUAAAGGAAGAGAAACGGAGCAGCCUGGAGCAGAGGCGCAAACGGCUCCAGGCGCUGCUUUUUGAGGAGCGCGAGAUGCUGGCGGCGGAGCUGCAGGAGCUGCGGCUGAACAAGGAUGCCGACCCGAGCAAACUGCGGCAGAAGAACGAGGACCUGAAGUCGGCCAGGGAAGAGCGGAGAAAGCAGGUCGCCGAAGACCGCCUGUACGAAUGCUGGAGGAACAACAGCGCGAAGCUCCGGGAGGUUGGGUCCGAGCUGCACCAGAAGCACGUGGUAGAGGCCUGGGGGGAACAGCUGAGCCAAAAGCAUCAGCGAGAAGCAACCGAGCGGGAAGAGAGGAUCCGCUCAGAGAACAAGUACGAGGCAGCCCGGAGGGAGGCCCUGGAGCGGCUGAAAGAGCAAGAGGCGAGGAGGAAGCAGGAGGAGAAGCGGCAGGCGGAGUUCCUGCGGCAGCAGAUGGAGGAGCUCCGGCUGCGCGAGGGAGAGGCCACAAAGCUGAAGAAGGAAGAGGAAAACCUAUUGAAGCAGCACUGGGAGCUGGGAGCCCUGGAGGCGGAGCGGAAGCGCCAGGAGCAGGACAGGAAGAAGGCCGAACUCGGCCGCUUUCUGAAGCACCAGUAUCACGCCCAGCUGAAGAGACGGGCUCAGCAGAUCCAGGAAGAACUGGAGAAGGACAGGCAGAUCCUUCUGGCUCUGACGGAGGAGGACGACGAGGGCCAGCGCCUGCAGUCCGCCCGGCGGGAGCAAGCCGUGGCCGCCGUGGCCUGGAUGAAGGAGGUCAUUGAACAGCAGCUGCAGCUGGAGAGGGAGCGGCAGGCUGAGCUGGACACCGUCUUCAGGGAGGAAGCCAAGCAAGUGUGGGAGAAGCGAGAACAAGAGUGGGAGCGAGAGCGGAAGGCCCGGGACAGACUCAUGGCGGAGGUCUUGGCAGAGCGAGCGCGCCAGAUCCAGGAGAGGAUGGAGCUGAACCGGCAGGAGCAAGCGGAGUCGGUGAAGUGCCGGGAGCAGCUGAUCCAGGAGCUGGAAGAGGCCAAGCAGCUGACCCAGCGGGAGAAGGAAGAGGAGGCUGUGCUCAAGACGGCCCGCAGGCGAGAACUGGAGGCCCAGCUCACAGAGCGCCAGCUGCAGGAGGCGGAGGAGUUGCAGCGGCAGCGCCAGGAACAGGCCGAGGCCAGGCGGGAGGUCGAGCGCCACAAGACACUGGAGCAGCUGGAGGCCAGGCGCAUGGUGGAGCACGGCUAUCGCGACAAGUGCCACAGCUACCCCAAAACAGCCUGGACCUAAAGGCGGUGGCAGCAGUGGGGAUGACGAGCGCCCGGCUUCCACUGCGGGUGGAUUCAAGUCUUCAUUGUGGCAGAACUUUGCCAGUUGCAUCCAGGUGGGGGUGUGGCUGUGGACUGUUACGUCCUGUCCCACCCUAGAAUCAAAGGUCUGGACUAAAAGGUGGCAGGUGUGUGUGUGUGUGUAUCUGUCCUGAGAUGCCAAAGCUCCAAAUGUCCGCUCUCCUCCCGACAGGCAGGGAUUCUCCUUUGCUAGCAGGCACCAAUGUGGCUCUGCAUGGGAGACUGCUUGACAUAAAUGGAUAGUUCCCUUGAGUCACCGAGAGAGAUGGAGCAGCAGUAGUUGUCUGUCCGUGGUGGGGGGCACCUUCCUUUCCUGCCACGGCGGAGCACGUGCUACCUGACUCGGGUAAGGAAGGGUGUGGGUGGACGCCCUCCAAACACUCAAUCUUA